GAAUUGCAUUGAAAACAUCCAUCAAUUUAUUAUUAUAUCAUUAAGUGAUAACAUAUUAACCAUUAAUAUCAAAACUUUUGUUGAUUGGCUUAACCACAGACUAAAAAAUCGGUGAAAAUGUUGGAAAAACUGCAAAACUUUGUGUCAAACAUGUCUUCGACAACUAAUUCGUGGCUUUACUCGAGUCAAGAGUCAAAGACUCCGUGUCUGCCACACAAUAGUUGGCGAAAUCUACCGCAAUAUACACUGUCACAGGUGUCUGAACACUGUCACUACAAUGACUGCUGGCUAAUCAUCUAUGAUCUGGUCUACGAUGUGACCAACUUUUUAGCCGAACAUCCGGGAGGAGAGUAUAUCGUUAUGGAAAGCGCCGGAAGAGAUGCCACUCUUGUGUUUCGCGGAUCCAGACAUAGCAAAGACGCGACCGAUAUGUUAGACAAAUACUGUAUCGGAAUUCUUGUGGAAAAUGAAAGGAUAUAUACACCCAAUGAUGACGAACUCAACAUUGAUAGUCAAACUUGAAGGACCACUCAAUGGCCACUUCAUCUGACCAUUCAUUGACCACUUGUCAUAUCAUACACAUCUCAUCUGUAUAUUUCAUGUCAUUAAUUAUUUACAUUAUAAAUA